CGGCGCCCGGCUCACGUGGGCGGGCGGGAGCAGCUGAAGGUCCGCUCCGGAGCUUGGGCUGUCCUCUCGCGCGCGGCGCUGGCCGGGGCGGCGGCGGCGGCGAAAGAGGAGGAGGAAGGCGGCGGUGGCGGCGGCAAAAGAGGAGGGAGGACGGGGGCGGCGUCGGACUGGAGCCGAGCGGCGGCGCGAGCUGCCCGGGCCGCUGUCGUGAGCUCGCCCGCCGGGCCCCCACCCCUGAGCUACACCCUGCCGUGCCCAGCACUGCCCGCGUCCGUGCCCCUGCGGGGAGCGCGCCGGGGCUGCCCCCCGAAUGACGGGCGGAAGGUUCGACUUCGACGAUGGCGGCACCUACUGCGGCGGCUGGGAGGAGGGCAAGGCGCACGGGCAUGGCAUCUGCACGGGGCCCAAGGGCCAGGGCGAGUACUCUGGCUCCUGGUCGCACGGCUUCGAGGUGGUCGGAGGCUACACCUGGCCCAGCGGCAACACCUACCAGGGCUACUGGGCGCAGGGCAAGCGGCAUGGGCUGGGGGUGGAGACGAAGGGCAAGUGGAUGUACCGGGGGGAGUGGUCACAUGGUUUCAAGGGGCGCUACGGGGUCCGGCAGAGCCUGUGCACCCCCGCUCGCUACGAGGGUACCUGGAGUAACGGGCUGCAGGACGGGUACGGCGUGGAGACCUACGGGGACGGAGGUACCUACCAGGGCCAGUGGGCCGGAGGCAUGCGGCAUGGCUACGGCGUGCGCCAGAGCGUGCCCUACGGCAUGGCCACGGUGAUCCGCUCGCCGCUGCGCACCUCGCUGGCCUCGCUGCGCAGCGAGCAGAGCAACGGCAGCGUGCUCCACGAUGCCGCGGCCGCCACCGACAGCCCGGCCGGCACCCGCGGCGGUUUCGUGCUCAACUUCCACGCAGACGCUGAGCUCGCGGGCAAGAAGAAGGGCGGCCUCUUCCGGAGGGGCUCUCUUCUCGGAAGCAUGAAACUUCGCAAGUCCGAAUCCAAGUCUUCCAUCUCAAGCAAGCGCAGUUCUGUCCGCAGCGACGCGGCCAUGAGCAGAAUUAGUUCCAGCGAUGCCAACUCCACGAUCAGCUUCGGCGACGUAGAUUGUGAUUUUUGCGCGGUGGAAGACCACGUGGACGCCACCACCACGGAAACCUACAUGGGCGAAUGGAAGAACGACAAGCGCAACGGCUUUGGCGUUAGCGAGCGCUCCAAUGGCAUGAAGUACGAAGGCGAGUGGGCAAAUAACAAGAGGCAUGGAUAUGGCUGUACCGUGUUUCCUGACGGCUCCAAAGAAGAGGGAAAAUACAAAAAUAAUAUUCUGGUCCGUGGGAUAAGGAAGCAGCUUAUACCAAUAAGACAUACAAAAACUAGGGAGAAGGUGGACAGAGCAAUUGAAGGCGCCCAAAGGGCAGCUGCCAUGGCGAGAACCAAAGUGGAAAUAGCAAAUUCAAGGACUGCACACGCCAGAGCAAAGGCCGACGCUGCCGACCAAGCCGCGCUGGCCGCUCGCCAGGAGUGCGACAUCGCGAGAGCUGUGGCCAGGGAGCUGUCACCUGAUUUCUACCAACCAGGCCCUGAUUAUGUCAAACAGAGAUUUCAGGAAGGUGUAGAUGCUAAAGAAAAUCCAGAAGAAAAGGUACCAGAAAAGCCACCUACACCAAAGGAAUCUCCUCAUUUUUAUCGCAAAGGCACGACACCCCCAAGAUCUCCUGAGACAAGUCCCAUGCACAGCCACUCUCCCACUUCCUCCCCAAAGCCCGUGAAGAAGCAAAACCCCAGCUCAGGGGCGAGACUCAACCAAGACAAAAGGAGUGUGGCUGAUGAGCAGGUGAUGGCCAUUGUCAAUAAGCCCUUGAUGUCAAAGGCUCCGACGAAGGAGGCAGGAGCGGCUGUGCCCCAGUCCAAGUACUCUGGCCGCCAUCACAUCCCUAACCCCAGUAAUGGGGAGCUGCAUUCUCAGUAUCACGGCUACUACGUGAAGCUGAAUGCCCCCCAGCACCCUCCAGUAGAUGUGGAGGACGGCGAUGGAUCUAGCCAGUCUUCCUCAGCACUGGUGCACAAGCCAUCCGCUAACAAGUGGAGUCCCUCCAAAUCUGUGACAAAACCAGUUGCCAAAGAAAGCAAAGCUGAGCCAAAAGCUAAGAAGUCUGAACUUGCUAUACCAAAGAAUCCAGCAAGCAAUGAUUCAUGUCCUGCUUUGGAAAAAGAAGCCAAUUCAGGCCCUAAUUCAAUCAUGAUUGUCCUUGUCAUGCUGUUGAAUAUCGGGUUGGCCAUUCUUUUUGUUCACUUUCUAACUUGAUUGGAAUUAGGACAGUGAAGUCAUGACAACUAGUGGUGUUAGCCCACAGUUCUCUGCAGUGGUGCCGUCAGCCCUUUAAAUGGCCGACCCCAGGCAGACUCAGACACAGGGAAGGAGGCUUGGAAUUAGAAUGGGAUCGCGAGAGAGCUGAAACUCGGAAAAUUCAGCCAGAGGACCUGUUCGGUUCCCCUGGGAAUGCUUUGUGGCUUUGGGGUCCUCUGGGAGCUGAAGCACACAGCCAUGUUGGAGAGCAAAACUUAAUAAUAAUUCUUUUUUAAAAUCUGCUGAAGCAGCCCCAUCCGGCGAAGUUCUUGGCAUUGGCUACUCCAUCUGUCCUAGCAGAGUGUGACUAAACUGGAAAUGUAUGGAGCUGCAUUUUUUUUUUUCUUUUUGAUGGAAGUCAACAGCUGCCUUACUAUUUUACCAUCUGACGUUUUUAGUAGGGAGCUGGGGAAACGACUGCCCGAGGAAUGCGGUCGGAGGAUUGUGUUGCUGUGGACGUGGUUCCAACAUUCACUCCUAUCUCAUUAGAAGAAAUAGGUAGCAGCAUCACUCACCAGUCUUAUGCCAUGACCUGCUGCUUUAACAUCUCCUGGAAUGUUCUGGGAGAGAACGUUUCGUUUGCUUGUGCACGACUCUGUUCAUUUUUGCUGUUUAUUUAAAUAUGAUGUAUAGUCAUCUACCACCUGCAGUCCUGGCCGGAUAAAAUACACGUGUUGCAUCUCAAGGAAAAGAAACAAUAAAAUGCUAGUGAAAAUUGUGCUUAUUUUGAUAGCAAUAUACCAUCUUUUAUGUCAUUUAUUCUUCCUACACUUGUAAAAGGUUAUCUUUAAAAUUUAGCAAUUUGAAGACACUAUGCCUUCCUAAGAACUAAUUUAAUUUUAAAUAUUUUUAACAUUACUGAGGUGAAUUAUUUAUGUACUUAGAAAGUGCUAAAUUUUAAAAGCUGAAAGACAACAGAAUUCUAAGAAGUAUAGUCCAAACGUUGCAUGGAUUGCAGUAAUCAGUGUUUAAAGGAUUCAGUUUCUUUGCUGACGUACUUUACAACCAAAUAAAAUCUUGUCGGUGGCUGUGUUAAUUCCCAUGAAAGUUAAGCAAGAUGCUAUUAAUAAACUGCUCUGCUCUUUCUUGUUUUCUUUUUCCAACUUAAAUGUCUGUUGAAUACAUUCAGGUAGAACAUAAAGCCUCGUUCAAUCACUGCCUCUCAGUUUUCUGCCUUUCCUGUUUUUCAAACUCCUUUUGUAAUUUCAUUUCAAAUUUUAUAGGCUUAGACAUUUUUAUUUCAAAUAUGUGUCUUUUGCAGUCUUUCGUCAUUCUGACAUUUCUGGGGUUUUGCUGUUUUACAAUUUACCCUUUAUUAUUCAGAAGCAUGCUUACGUAGAGAAACUAAAUGGUCUUUAUCAAAGUAAUUACUUCAAAAGAAAUCCGGGGAAGAAAGGUAUCUAUCUUAUUAAAUCUUUUUAAAACAUUACAUUGCAGGGGGGAGCUUCUCUGAAAUAUUUUCAUGAUUUGCAUGGUUUCAUCAGAUUUUGUUUUUUACAUAUUAGCUACCUUUUCAAUGCAGAAGAGACAGUUCACACAAUUCCCUGGUUACCACAGAUGUGCACUGAGUGGGCUGUCACCUGCAGGGUAGUAACCCAGUGAUGUUUCUUGCAGAAGCGCAAUAUGUUGAAAAUCCUGGGUGUGACCAAUAUGGAAUAAAGAAGAAGGCAGAAAGAGAGCAAAUGAAAAAUUACAACUUGUAUAUUCAUUUUUUACAUUUUGCUUUGACUUUUAAAUUUAGGAAAGUCCGUUUUUACCUAAGAACAAACGUUUAAAGUUCCUGUGUCAGUCUCAGUACUCUCACCGCCCCUCCUGAACCCCAUAGCUCCUCAUGCUAGGAAAGCUGGUUUUUAAAAAAAUAAUAAUAAAAUAUUUAAUCUUAUUAAGUGUUUAUUUAAAAUGUGUAAUGUUUUGGAAAUAAUGGGUAACAGAUAGAGGAUAUGUUUAUAAAGUGAGCAUGUUGGUCCCAUUUAUAAAUAUAUGUAUGAUUUAUAAGCUUUUUUAAAACAAAGCUCAAAUUGUUGGUAUUUUUCUAAAAUGUGCACAGCUGUAUUUUACAUGAAGGCUCUUUCUAAUGGGUUGUUAUACUGUACUCAACAUUUUGGACAGCACAUGAAGUCUGCCAAUGUACUUAAACAUGACUUUAUUUAAAGUUUCUUGCUGUGAAAAAGAACUCCCUACCUGUGAGUUCCUUUAUUUAUAAUCCUUGAAACCAAAAUGUAUAAUGUACAGUUUUCACAACUGUAUCUGCUCUAAUUAAAAAAAGUUGGUUAUUAAU